UUCAUUUUUAAAAAAAAUAAAAUGAUAUUAACAUCAUCUCUACAGUGAACCCUAAACCAGAAUUUUUCUCAACUUGAUCCCAAAACCGAUCGGUUUGCAGCGUAAGCCUUGAAGUUCUUCGGCAACGAGACUCUAUUCCCUUCGAAGUUUCCUUUUGGGGACGAGAACGACAUUGUUGAUUUACUUAAGGGUUGGAUUGCUUGCUGUUGCAGGCGAAAUUAUUGUCGUCGCGCGGGUUAAACGGACUUGCGGUUUUCCAAGUUGAUGGAGCUUGAAUUAUAUAACUCCCCGCCCAAAUUCAACGACAUGGCGUUUACGACGCUGGUUCGCAGGUCCUUGAACCAAUAUCUCUCUCGGCUAGUUCUCGUAUUUGGAGGAGAUUGAGUGCCUGACCUUGUUGGAGUAUUUUGAACCUGUCGUUUAACUGUAUGAGAACAUUGCCGGACUUGGUAAUUGGCAUCGUUACGGUGGUGUGAUUUGGAGAAGAGAAGUGGGAAAGAAUUUUUGAGAAAUGGCAAUCUGGAGUAGAAAGGUGCAUCCGACAUUGUUGUGCAUGGUGAUGAUGAUGAUUAUAAAGACAUUCCUUCUGGCGAAGGGGGGAGUGGUAAUUUGUGCUUUGAAGUGGUGGCGAGGAGUUUAAAUAAUUCAGUUUUGAAAUUCGCAUACCCUCGAAUCCAAUGCAACCAGUAAUGUGAAUGCUCUGAGCAUGAAGCUGGCGAGCAAGAUGAAGGUUCCUCUUCAAAAUUAAUGAAAAGUGCCUCACUGUAUUUUGAUAGUGAUCUCGAUGACCCCAAACACGCAAAGUCUUGGAAACCAAUGGCCGAUUCCUCUUAUUUAUCACGUUUUGUAGCGCUGAGGACUCUACAGGAUGGUUUCCCUUCAUGUUAUUGAGCAUGCAUCUUGACUCAAGCGAAGUCGUUCUCGUGGACAGCGGAAGGUUCCUCUUCAAAAUUAAUGAAAGGCUGGCGAUUACGAGUUGUUAGAAUAUGCCGUUGAUGGCUUUGAGGCUUCUGUUCAUGGCCUGGAGAUUCCAUCACUGCUGUCUCUUUUCCUACCAGAUCAUUUUGGGGUAGUGAUAAAUGCUCUAUAGUGGGAAAAAUUGUGAAAAGCUGAAUCGGGUUCAAAGCCCUCAGUCGUUACUUUAACUGGAAAUAAUGGCAAUAUUACUUCAUUAACGAAUCCAAUUGCAGGAAAUGUAGAAGAACUUAUUAGCUUUUCUGAUCCCUGUGAGAAAUCCAUCCAUUCUAUCAAAGCAAGACGAAAUUCCAUUACAGUUUCUAUAGCUGCUCUGCAGUUUGGUAUGUGCAGACAUGGAGCAGCGCUCAUGAAGUAUCCAUCUGACGGCAUGCAAGCCUCGAAUACCUUGUGAGCUUGUCGUCAUGGGUUACCUGGAUCUUAUGCCCCAUCCCAGGAAAAUAAUUCUCAUCAAGAGGGCUGAUUGAUACUUGUAAAAAAAUAAAAUCAAGAGGGCUGAUGCAUGGGUUCGCAUGGUAGUCGAUGGUAACCUCAUCUCUGUCUGAUUUAAUCGAAGAGUGUUUGUUUUCUUUUUCCUUUUAUGGUAAGAAUGUGUAAUUUUCUGGGCUAGUCCUAACCUUGGGUUGUGCACUUCUUGGGGCAAACGGUAAACUGAAGUAGGGAAGCAUUCCAAGUUUAAUUUGGCAGCCCCAGGAUUUCAUAUUAGUGCUGCUAAAGUCAUAGAUCAGAUCAGCAUUGAUUGAAAUAUUAGGAAGAACGUAAAUAAGGAAAAGGUCAGAUGAUAAAGUGCACUAACAGGGAACUUCGGAACGUGACUAUGUUUGUUUCUCAUUAUCCCGCUAAUAUAAGUUAUACAAAGAAAGAAUAAACAGAAAUGUAUUGAAUGUAUUGGGAAGUUUGGGUACCCUGUGUUUGCAUACAAGUUUGGCCUGGAUUUUGGAUUUGAUUGAAGUUUGAUUUUUGGACAGAAUUCUCCUUGAAUUUGGCCUAUAAAGAAUCAGGUCAGUUUGUGACAAAAUUAUGAUGGAGGUUAUCAUACAUUUAGCACUACUCUUGUUGAAACUAUCUUUAGAGAUUGAAGAUAACAGACAGUGUGAAGAACUAUUGUUCAAAUGGCUUUGAAUAGGCAGAGUUUUGGCAGGACACUGACCAUGACAGGAACAAGAAUUUCAGUAUUCUCUUGAGAAACAAUUGUUUGGAAAAGAGUUGGGUUAUCUUCAAGGCGGCAGCUUUUCAAGCUCGGUUCAUCAACCUUGUAGGAUGUACUGGAGCGAACAUUUUAUCAGAAGUUUUCGAGUUGAAUCUAAGGAGCCUGGAUUUGGAGGGGGAAGCCAAGUCCAAUGCUGAUUGGUUUAUUAAUAAGGGUUUAGCAAUAAUAUGAAAAAAAGAGACUUUAUUAUUGAUAUUUGAGCCAGGUGGUGGGUGUGUAAAUCUUAAUUAAGGGAAGUGUUUUUCUUUCUUUCUUGUUUUUAUUUUAGCAAACCUUAUUUCACAACAUUUCAAUACUAAAUGUAUCAUGGGCUUCUUUCAAUUAGCGUACUUUGUACGUCACCGUUUUAUCUAAGUUUCUGUACAUACAUCAAUGAUCUUUAAUCCAUAUAUUGAAUAGUGAAUACAAUACAAAAUCGAAUCUACCUCUAUAUAUUUGAAGAGAUUCAUCUUUUACCACAUUAAAUUAGUUCCCCUGUUACUAACUAAUGGGCAGAAAACAGUAUUUCUUUCCAUGAAAUUGGCUCCUGCUACAUUUAUAAUUGCAGGCAACGGAGAGGUCAAAAUGUUUCACUCAGAGAAGACUUUUUAAUGAAACAUUGGAACAGCAAGGAGAAGAGAACUGUAGUAAGUCCCUCUCUGGCCAGGCCCCUACAUUUAUGGAUGGUAUUGUCAAAUAUCUGGAGUUCUAAGCUAUUUAUGGAUGGUAUUGUCAAAUACCUGGAGUUCUCAGCUGUACCGUCUUACACAAAAUUGGGCCAGCAUCAUCUUUGAUGCUAGUACUAAAAGUUAUCACCAUGAAAGAUAACAAUCUGGAAUACUGGAAAAGCUACUUUCAAGGAGUGGAUUCUGGUAUCUUUGAGAUUAUUGACCAUGCAAUCAUGGUAGCAGCUACAGAUCACCCAAAGGAGUUCAUGCUCCAAAGGGGGCAGAUCGCCGAGAAACUCUACUCAUGCCAGUGGACUCAAUGUUGCAGCCAUGAACACAGUGUGGUAGCAGUGCCCAAAAAGACCAACAAUGAAAAUCUCAAUUGUGAAUGUGCAUGUGGGAGGGCUAAGAGCGGGUUGACUGGCAGUGCUGGUGAUCUGGAAAUUGUUGGAGGUAGGCAGUCUAAGGUAGAUAGCAGUAGGGAUGAUCAUGCAGAGAUGAAAACGAGCCAAGUGAGAAAAUAUACUUACAGCGAAGCUGAGGCCUUAACAGAUGAGAUUGAUGAAGAGAAUGAGAUUAUUGGCGAGGUUAGAAGAAUCAAGGAGAUUCUUGAUAAUAGUCAAGAGGAGUCUGAAACAGUGCUAUUUGAGUCCUUAAGAAGGCUGCAAUUGAUGGUUCUUUCUGUUGAGGUUCUGCAGACAACAAUGAUAGGUAGGGCAGUUAAUGCUCUUCGAGCUCACAGGUCAAAGCAGAUUGGUCAGCUUGCACAGAUACUUAUUAGUGGUUGGAAGAUAAUGGUCAAGGAUUGGCUUGCUGCUGCAGCAGCAACUGUUGCAGAAGGUUCUGCAGACCCUAACCCUUCCACUGUUGUUCGCAAAGGUCUCCCUUCUCCUCCAUUGGAUGUAGGGGUUUUAUUUGCCACUCAAACUCCAAUAGAGCUCUCACAGUUCUUUGACGGCAUUGAUGAUGAUGGAAAUCCUAAAAAUAGCAUGGAGUAUGGUAAGAAUCAAGAAAGUGGAAGCAAGCCCCAGCCAGGAAGUAAAAACUAUACCAAGCAGAAGCCACUGCUUCCCAAUAAGACCAUGGCACCUAGCAAUGAGAAGAAGUACCAGCUGAUACUGCGAGAAUCAGUCAAUAAUUUAACUGAACCCAGUAAAACUGAAUCACCAGCCAGUCAACAUGAUCAUAAGCCUUUAGAUGAUGUGGAAAUCCAAGCAAAACUUAAAGCUACAAAGAGGAAAAUUCAAGACGGGUACCAACAAGCUGAGAAGGCUAGAAACCAACGAAAAACGCAAUUCAUGGAUUUCACUGAACUUCCUAAACAGGAGCCUGGUCCUAGAAACUGCCUUCUGAAACGCAAGAAUAAUUUCCGGCAUGUCUCUAAUGGAAGGCACUAACUUCUUGGUCUCCUCAUAUUGGGUUUCUAUAUGUUUAUUUUCAUCAUCUUGUGUAAGUCAAUAAGAGCAAACACUUGACC